GCCUCCCUCCCCUCUCAGACCAGGCUCCUGGGGAACUCCCCCCACGUCCCCAAAGCCCACAACCCGGGGUGCCCCAGCGGGAACAGCCCCGACCACCGUGCGCCCAGGGGGGCUGAACUGGCCCCCCGGGGGGGUGCUUCAGCGGCUCCCGGGGGCCCUCCCGGCCCUGAGUCACGGCCGGGCGGAGCGCCCUGCCCGCCGGGAAGUUGCGCGGCCGCGGCGGGCCGGGAGGGUUUGAGCCAACUGCCUGGUCAGGAUGAGCUGGAGCUUCCUGACGCGGCUCCUGGAGGAGAUCAACAACCACUCGACCUUCGUGGGUAAGAUCUGGCUCAGCGUCCUCAUCGUCUUCCGGAUCGUGCUGACGGCCGUGGGGGGCGAGUCCAUCUACUACGACGAGCAGAGCAAGUUUGUCUGCAACACGCAGCAGCCUGGCUGCGAGAACGUGUGCUACGACGCCUUCGCCCCGCUCUCCCAUGUUCGCUUCUGGAUCUUCCAGAUCAUCAUGGUGGCCACCCCCUCGGUGCUCUACCUGGGCUUUGCCAUGCACCGCAUCGCCCGCAUGCCCGAGUCCUCGCGGCGCCGGGCGCCAGUGGCCUCACGGGGACGCAUGCCGGUGGUGCGGCGGGGGGCCGGGCGGGACUACGAGGAGGCGGAGGAUGAUAACGAAGAGGACCCCAUGAUCUUUGAGGAGAUCGAGGUGGAGAAGGAGAAGAGCACGGAGGGCGGGGAGAAGCACGAUGGCCGGCGUCGCAUCAAGCAGGACGGGCUGAUGCGCGCCUACGUGCUGCACCUGCUGUGCCGCUCGCUGCUGGAGACGGCUUUCCUCUUCGGGCAGUACCUGCUGUACCGCUUCGAGGUGAGCCCGUCCUAUGUCUGCAGCCGCAGCCCCUGCCCGCACACCGUCGACUGCUUCGUCUCCCGCCCCACCGAGAAGACCAUCUUCCUGCUCAUCAUGUACGCGGUCAGCGGGCUCUGCCUCUUCCUCAACCUCUGCGAGCUCCUGCACCUCGGCGUGGGGCGCAUCCGCGACGCGCUCAGCCAGACCACCAGCCCCCCGCACCCGCCCGGCGGCAGCCCCACGCCACAGUACGCGAAGAAAGCCCCCAGCGCGCCCCCCACCUACCACUCGCUGAAGAAGGAGACGCUGAAAGCUCCCCUGCCCAACGGCAAGCUGGACUACAGGGAGAACCUGGCCAACUCGGCGGCGGAGCGCUUCGCCCUGGCCGGCGCUCCCCCCGAGCACGAGCUGGAGCGGCUGCGCAAGCACCUGCGCAUGGCGCAGGAGCACCUGGAGAUGGCUUUCCACCUCCAGCCGCCCCCGCAGCCCCCCAGCCCCUCUCGCAGCAGCAGCCCCGAGGCCAACGGCAUCGCCGCCGAGCAGAACCGCCUCAACCUGGCGCAUGAGAAGGGUGGCAGCGUCUGCGAGAGGACCACGGGGCUGUGAGCGCGGAGGACGGCGGGAUCGGCCGGUCGGAUGCGGCUGCCAGCUCGGGACAGUGACGUGCGUCUGUCCCUUGGGACUGGCCAGGGCAUCCCUGUCCCAGUGGGCAGCUAUGGGGACUGGGGCUUGGGGAACCUUCCUUCACUGUUCUUAAUUUUUUUUAACAAAGGGAAUAUCUUAUUUUUGUACAUUUUUAUAAGCUCAGCAGCGUGCACCCUGGCAUUUUUAUACUCCCUUAGUGAAACCCACUCUAGGCCUGCACCUCCCCUCCCUGUCUCCCAUUUCACCCCCUUUUCCCUCUCCCACACCCCAUUCCCGCAGCAUCUCCCACUUGUGCCUCCCCUGUGCCCCCGGUGCUCGCCGUCAUCUGCUGCUGAGCACGUGCAGGUCACGGCAGCAGUACUGAUACCUGCGGCGUGGGGGCUGCACCCGGGCUCCGGCUGGCCGGGCCAUCCCACGGGGCAGGGCACGGAGCUAGAAGCAGAGGUGGCAGCAGGGACCUUUCCUGAUAGGAGGGACACGUCCUGGUGGCACUGCUGCUGGAAGGUGUGGUGGGGACACACAGGUCCCUCUUUGCCUCUUCCUUGCCUUUCCCCUUCCCGGCUGCUCUUUCCAGGGGACGAAGAGGUUUCUGGGUGCAGGGGUUCCCUCUGUGGGGGCCCACGCUGUCCCCGAGGGGCUGUGGCAGCGGGGGCAGAGCCGUGGGACACCCUCACACAUGGGUACGUACGAGUGGCUGGGGCUGUCCUGCCGGGAAUGUGUGCGCAGAGGGCAGGGGCCGGCCUUCCCGUCUCCUCCGCUUCCCUGCCAGCGGCCCUGCUCACUGUGGGGGCAGCCGGGCUUUGGACCAAAGCCGAUCCCCUCCUGCUAUGGGGCUGGGGCCCCUCUGUGGGGCUGGAUCCCCGUCCCACGGUGGGGCUGUGCAGCGCCCGAGCCGGGGUCGGCAGGGAGCCAGUUGGGCAUUUCUGAUCAUCUCAGCACGGGUCGCGCAGUGAUUUUGUAGCGUUGUUUUGUACUUGGAUGAUUGUGACUUUUUUUUUUUUUUUAAUAUCUAUAUUCAGUAAAGGCUGGAGACGUUUUGUACUG